GGGGCCCUCAGCUGCAAGUUUAUCGCACAGCGUGCGCGGCGUCGGGCCGUGAACGAACAGACCGGGAAGAAAACACCGACGUGGCUUGCGGCGGAGUUGAGCCGUUCUCUUGAUCUCCGUGUGAGUACGAAUUCAGGGGCGUGGUGUAGCAACAGCGGUCUCGUCGGAGAGCGAAGAGGAUCAGCCAUCACCAUGGAGGGAUCGGGCAACAAGGUGUGGCACAUCGCGUACAACUUGUUUCUCGUGCUGUACUACAUCGCCGAGGCGAUCGUGAUGAAGUUCGUGCCGCGCCAGUACCUGCACCGCAAGAGCGUCGCCGGCGAGACGGUGCUGGUGACGGGGGCGGGCAGCGGCAUCGGCCGCCUGCUUUCGCUACGGUUCGCGCAGCGCGGGGCGCGCCUUGUGCUCUGGGACAUUGACCGGGCGGGCAACGAGGAAACGGCGCGCCUCAUCCGCGAAGCCGGUGGCAAGGCCUGGCCCUACGUGUGCAACGUGGCCGAGAGCAAGACCGUGUACGAGACCGCGGCCCGGGUCCGCGAGGACGUCGGUCGUGUCGACAUCGUCGUCAACAACGCCGGCGUCGUGUCCGGCAAGCGGCUGCUCGACCUGCCCGACGAGAUGAUCACGCGAACCUUCCAGAUCAACACUCUGGCCCACUACUGGGUGGUGAAGGCGUUCCUUCCGGACAUGAUGGCCGCGAACCACGGCCACAUCGUGUCCAUCGCGUCGCUGGCCGGACUGGGCGGCGUGUGCCGGCUGACCGACUACUGCGGCUCCAAGUUCGCCGCGGUGGGCUUCCAGGAGGCGCUGGCCAUGGAGAUGGCCACCGAGGGCUACACGGGCAUUCGCUUCACCACCGUGUGUCCCUUCUUCAUCAACACGGGCAUGUUCGCCGGCGUGGAGCCGGGGGUGUUCGGCUUCCUGCGGCCCGAGUACGUGGCCGACGAGACGAUCGAGGCGGUGCUCAGGGACAAGCCUCUGCUCAUCAUGCCGAGGGUCUUCUACUCGCUGGUCGCGCUCAAGACGAUACUACCGGUCAGCGCGAUUGUGGCGCUCUCCCGGGGUCUCGGCGGAUUCGAGGUCAUGGACAAGUUCAUCGGACGUGGCAUCGCAGCAAAGGCCUGAACAUCGGGCGAAGCCCGCCGUUACAUCAUUUGGAGACCAGAGAAACAUCUUCUGCGACUUUUUUUCCCCUCUCUCUCUAUUCUUUUUUUUUUCGUUCCACUUUCGCGUCACAGCUGUUUGCACCACAGUGGUUUUUCAGGCGCCUUUCGG